AUGCGGACAUCUUCAUUACUCGCUCUCGGCGUCAGCGCCCUCGCCUGGACAACAAGUGCCCUCGCCCCGCGUCAAGGCUCCGCACCGUACUGCCCUCCUCGUCCGGCAACACCAGAACAGCAAAAGGUCAUCCUCGGAGAGUUCAUGCAAGCCUUCUACGAAGAACGAAAUGCAACCAAGGCCCUCCUGAACCACGUCGCCGAGGACUACAUCCAGCACAACCCUGGCGCUCUCUCCGGCCGCGCGAACUCUCUUGCCGUCCUCGAGCCUUUUAUCUCUCCGAACACGGUUAACUACACCAUCAUGAACAAGAACUUCCAGGACAAUAUCGCUUUCAUUCACUACCGCAUGGAUCUCGUGGGUGGAGGGCAGCCAUUUGCCGUGGUAGACGUUUUCAGAUUCAACGGGACUUGCGUUAUGGAACAUUGGGACGUGGCGCAGCAGCGAACUGCCAACUCCACGAAUCCGAUUGCUUUGUUUUAGACCACGCGGGAGUUGCUAUGUUCAUGACAGCCGGCAAAUAGAAAAUACCCAACCACC